CAAAACUGAUAAUAAUGUCCUAUCAUUUUCCUGUUUCUUGUUGAGAUUACUGUGUUCGAGUCACUUCUUUCUCUAAAAUCAUGGCACCAAAGCGUCGUAAAUUGUCGCUCGAGGAGAAUGAAAGUAGUAGCCGAGAUGUUAAGCGGUGACUAUUUUAGUUCUAAUGGGAAUUUAAAUAAACGUAAAGGGUUUUAAAUAAUAAAAAUUCCUUAAAACAUCGCAAAGCCAAACGCCAUUUUCCACCAUUUAAUACAGAGUUUUUUGUAUUAUGUCGUUACCCCAAAAAUGGCUUUACGCUUUACUAUGUAAUUGGCAACAGAAUAAAUUUUUCGUAAGUUUAACUUAAAGGCCUUUGCUAUUGCAACCCCUUUUUAAAAUCAAGUCUUCUUUCAAUGUAAAAUUAGAAUAAUUGAAAAGUAAAAGAAGAGUAGAGAGAAGCUUCCAAGACAAAAUCUUGCAGGCAGCAGCCAUCUUUAUGCUUUAUUAGGUGCUUUAUAGUUUAUGCUCACAAUCUUAUUAAAAUUAGUUAAAUAAAAUAUAUUAAAUUUUACUAUCAUUCAGUUAAUGUGAAAAGUAUGAAUGCCAGAUUUACAAUUUAUUAAUAUUAGCCUAAUUAUUAGGAAUAGGAUAGGAUUUGAUUUUGAUUUGAUACAAUUUGUAUAUGAAUUAUGUUACAAUUCAAUUAACAUGACAAUAGUCAAUAUAGAUUUAGAUGAAUUCAUUUUUUAAAUAAUUGGUAAUUACACAGGGCCAGCAAUUUAAUCUGUAGUCUGUAGUAGUGCAUUUUUGAAAUACGAAAUCCUUUGACUCUUGAAAUAAUCAUUUGAAUAUUUUGAGAAUCAGGCCGUAAGCUUAUUUAUUAUUACAAACUUACUAGAGGAAAAGUAAAAGGGCUACAUGCAAAGAUGUAGGCUAUACACUAAUACUAAAUACUGUACAUUUGAGAUGAAUGAUUAAUAAGUACCAUGUCUAAGCAUAAUAAUUAAUAAGAUAGUCUCAUACAUAUAAUAUAAUAAGUAGAGCUUGAGCUAGUAAUCACAAAUGGAGUGGUGCUUCACUACAUUUCACAAAAUUGAGGUUGAAUGUGGUGGCCUUGAUUAUUAUAAAUAUAGGAUCUACUUAAGUAUACUAGUAUGGCACAGAAAGAUUUUUAUAACUUUUAAAACUUUCCUUUAAGGAGUCCUUGAUGUUGCAAUGGCAUAGUAUAGGCCCAACCCAUACAAUAUAUUGGACAGACUUUUAAUAUGGAAUUCAUUAUGAUUAUGUGCAGGGAGAAGGAAUAAUCUUGGGCAUUUCCAUUUCAAAGCAUAAUAAAUUAAUAUCUAUAUUAAGUACUUUUAUUACUAGAUCUAUUAGCUAUCUGAUUGAUUUUCAAUAUCUGAAUAGGCUGAAUAUGCUUAAUGCAGGAAAUUAAAAAAAACCACAGCUUUCAACCUCAAUCAUUCUAGUUAUUUCUCACCUUUUGUGAUUCUGAAAUUGAAUACUGAUUACUCUUUUUUUAUUUGAAAUAAAAUGUAUGUUUAAAUUGUUAAUUCAAUAGCAUUUCUUUUUCUUUCACAGUCUAGAAUGUUUGAACCUUGAUGCAGACAAUAAGCAAAGUAAUAUGUGUUUGGAGCAGGAUAAGUGUGAAGAGAUUAUUGAUAAGCAGACUUCUUCAAAAUCAUUAACUGAAAUAUACACAGACAUUAAAACAAAAGAUGACAACCCUAAGCCGGUUAGGAUAAGUGAAAGGCUAAGCAUUAAGCGUAACCGCUUGGGUGAACCAGAGGAAACUGAAAAUGUAAAUCAACCACCUUUAAAAGGUCAAACACCAAAAAAGCCAAAAACAAGUAAGUUUUCUUGGUGUUAUUUUACUUAAUUUUGAAAUAGGAAUAUUUCAAAUUUAAAAAUAAAAAUUGUUAACUCACUGUUUUAUUAAAUAAUUUCCUCCAGAGAUGGGAGUUUCUUCAUAAAUAAGUGCAAAUAAAAAAAAUAAAUAAUAACCAUUUUAAAUUCCGAAAUGAGCGAGAUAAUAUGGUACAUUUCUGCAAGAAACGAACCAUUUGCAAUUAAAUAUUAUUUAAUAAUAUUACAUGCAUCAUAAAAAAUUUUCUCUACUUAAUUCCAAAAACAGAAAUAAUUAUGUUUGAAUUCAUGAUGAUACAAAAUGUAAUACAGCAAUCAAUUUUAAUUAAUUUUGGGCUGCCUCUCUUUUAAGCCCAGGACUGUCAUUUUGUCAAUUUUGUAGUCUAAUUUUAUCUUUCUUCAUGAGUUUGACUAUUUAUUUCUUGGGAAAAUUCUUCACAACCUCUUCCUCACAUAUUUCUUUAUAUUUUAGUUUAGCAUCUGUAGAUGCAAAGUUUUUACAUAUGAAGUUUCAACUAAUUAUAUUUUCAUUUUGAUCAUAUCUAAAAUCCACAUUUAGCCCAAAGGUCGAAAAACAACUGAGAAUAGCAGUUUUGAAUAAUCUCGCUUAUGUCUCAUCGAGUAUCAGUUAUGAUAUAUCCUGCUUAACUGAUGUAAUGUCCCACCUAAGCAAUAAUGUAAAUGAUAUCUGAUUGGUUUAUUUUUGUUAGUAGACUUUUGUCACAAAUAAAUGCCUGCCCUAAUGUUUUGGUUGAUCAUUAAAUUAGUAUGCUAAAUAACUUAGUGCUAAAUGAUUCAAUUAAAAAAUAUGUUACUAAGGUAAUAGAAAGCUACAUAAUGUUUUAAAAUGCAAAUAUAUCCUUAAUAUUUUAUCUACUCAAAUUUUUUUUGGUUAAAAAGCAAAACAACAAAGUAAGAGAACAAAGAAAAAAAUACGCAGACCAUGGGCUCAGUGGAGUGUUCGUGACAAAAAAUUGUUCUUUAUUGGCUUGGGGGAGGUAAGAAUAUUCUGUAAACAGUGUGCCUAAUAUUAUUUGUUUUUAAAUGAAAGGUAUUUUAUAUUUUUCUAAUUUUAUGGUUUUUUAAAAGAUAACUCAAUCUUAAUAUAAUGUCACAAACUUCUUACAGUUUGGAAAGAAUUUUGAAGCAAUAAGUAACAAAAUUUCUCAUGCUGCCAAAAUGAGAGGAUUUCCCUUGAAAGACAAGAUGCAAGUUCGAUACUUCUAUUACAGAAUUUGGGCAAAGAUUUCAAAGUUUGUGCAUAUGAAAGACAGUGGUAAAGUUGAUUUUAUUAUAAUUUUCCUUUGUGUUUUCUAAAGAUUUAGCUUGAGAUGGUAUUUGCUAUUUAUUUACAAUAUGAUAUUAAAAAAUGUGUUAUAAUGUUUCUUAGUUAAUAAAAUUAUUAAUUUUAACUCCAGUUACUUAGUAAAGAGAAGUCAGAGAUUAGGCCAGUAUUUAAUUAUUUAAGACUAUACAGUUCUUUGAAAUUUUGUUUGUCUUUUCAGGUGUGAAAAUGAAAACACAAGAAUUAUAUGGACUUAUUAAUUAUGGAGCUUUAAAAAAAUAUGUGAAAGGUGAAAAUAUAUUGAAUUAUUAAUUAAGAGUUUUUUAAGUCUUUUAAAAUGUUUCAUCUUUAAGUUUAAAGAAAAUUAUGUAGCAAAUAGACCAAUAAAAUUGUGCAUUGCUAUUUUAAUUUUUAAGCUUACAUUGUCAUAUUCCCGAAAUAAACUGCAUCCUUAAAAAAAAUAAUGAAGAAAUCUAGUGCUUUUGAAUGUUCUUUGCUGUAAAAUAGCCUUAAAUUUCAGAGACAAUUUUCUGAGCAAACUUGGUUGGUAUUAUCUGAUUGUCAUUAGUUUAAGUAUCUUCGCAUUUGGGUUGCUUGGCUUCUAUGUUUUGCUACACUUCAUAUGUAUUCCUAAAAAUUUUGGUUAAAACCUUUUUGGCUACUGACUGAGAAUGAUAUGUAGUUUCUUCACUUUUUCUGUCAGUAAUUUACUAAUUUUAAGCCUGAUUGUUUAAAACCACAGUGAGCAAUGCUAUGUUCAAAGAUAUUUGAUUGUAUGUAUCACAAUAUUUACACCUAACCCUGACCCUGUUUACUGGCUUUAGGUAUAAUUCAUAUUAUGAUUUGAUUUUGUUCUUUGAAACUUGUCCCAACGUAACUGGUAGUCAAAAGUUUAUUUUAAGUAAAUUUCAGUUUAAAAUUAUUUUAUUAUUUAACGUGUGAUACAUUUUGUUUCAUUUGAUUUUUUAAAAUGCUACAGAAACUGAUCCUCAGUUUGAAAGAUGCCUAAAUGAAUUAAUUCUCUAUGGGUAAGUAAAAAUUUCUGCAUACUAGUUUAGUAGCAGAUUAUGCUUAAGAUCUUAAGAUAGUUCACUGGGCUGUAUAAUGAGAACUCCACUAAAGAAAUACAUAUCUGUUUAUAUCUAUCUAUGUGUUUGAUAAUUUAUGUCACUUUCAAUGACAGAGAAGCAACACCUUUUUAUAAUUUAUGUAUUUGAUUACUUUCAGAGAAACAUCAUUUGUUUUUAGAGGGAGGAGGCAACGGUAAGAUCUUUUAUUAAAACUAAAUCUUUUUCUUGAAACAAACUAAAACUUCUUAGAAUUGCUUAAUCUUGGGGGGAACUUCCAGAAAUCAACUUUACCAUUCACUUUCACUCCUGACAAUAUUUCUUACUCUGAAGGUAUUUUAUUGAUAGUAUUUAACAUAAAAUAAUUUCUUUUCUAGAUUCCCUAAAUCGAGAGACUAAAAUUUAACUAAGAAGUAAAUCUUUUAACAAAAGUAUCAUGAAACACUAGGGAUGUUAAUGAGUCCUUUAGCUCGCAACCAGAUUAUCUGUUGUGUAUCUGAAACACAUGAAAUGUUUUUUUUAGACCUCACCAGAAAGUACUUCAAAAUGGGCUUCAUAAAAUCGAAUGCUGUAUGAGGGGGAUCCCUGUGACAAACUUGCGAUUUCUGUUGUUUGUUUUAAAAAUGCUUUGCGUUGCUUUUAUCAUGUCUAACAAUUGAAGAAGUCCUUCUCCUAUAGAUACUUGGUUUGUAGGUAUUUUCAGUACAGAUCCCAGUAUGGAUGGAAAAUUAAAUGUACAAUAAUACCACACAAACACUGGAUCUAUGUAGAAAGUCAUAAACAGUAGUCUGUGUAAUUAAACAUUUUAAAGAAAAAAAUAUCAGAGUUGUAUUUGAAAUGUUUUUAAAGUAAAAGCAAGAAAAAAUUAUUGUUUAUGUUUCCUUUAUAUUUUUUAUUUUUUGUAAGGGGUGAAAAAAUAAGAAUUUAUAUGUCAUCAAUUAAAUUUUGAAUAUGAAAUUAUUAAAUGGAAGUAUUGUGUUGUCAAAACACUAAUGAAACGUUAUUAUAUUAAUAAUACAAAAUUUUGAUAAUUCAUUUUUUUAAAUAUUUUAUUGCAGAGAAACUUCUUGUAUACCCAAGGGACGGAGACCACGGUAGGAUGACAUAUUUAAACAUAAGCAUUAAUAAUCACAUCUUAUUUUUUCCUUAAAAAAAAAUCUUUCAUUUACAUUAGUUUUGUCUGUAUGUCAAUGAAGUAAACAUAAGAAGCAAGUUCAGGAAAUGUAUGAUAUCAUUUCAGAGUUGGCAAAGUUAGAACACCCAUUUGUACAUACUUAAAAAAGCUGAACAGAAUUGAAGGUAUGGAUAACUUCUGGCAAAUAUGAAAUUUUACUCAUUUUUUUUUUUAAAUUUCAGAACUUAACUUCAUUUUGUACUUCUAAAAUUCUUCAAGCCUAGAACUCAGGAUAAUUUUUCUUUCAUAUCACAUCAUACAAUCGAUCCGGUAAUUCUCUUAAACUGCUUAAGUAUUUUUGUGAAAUGGCUUAAACAUUUAAAAUAUAUUUAUCUUUUUUUUUUCUAUAGGUUUUAAUUAUAAAGAAGUUGGCAAGAAAAAUAGAAAUCUAUGUCCUACAACAUAUUAUGUUUUAUCUUCAAAAUAGCAUCUGAAUCAUCAGGAACCAAUAAACUCCCAAACCAUAUCACUCUGGAGCUCACUCCGAAAAAUAGCAAAGCCUGGAGCAAAGUGCAGUCUUUGGCCCAAAAUCCUCGCAUCCGUGUGAAACUCACAGCAAACAGGACUCUGGAAUCUGUAUUCAAAUAUUUGGAUAAGAAGUGGAAACCUCACAGAGUCAGGCUAGUAUCCUUUCAAAAGAAUGAGACCAUCUUCACGUUAUUACUAUAUAAGAUAUUAAUACUUUCAUUCAUGUAUUAUUUUGAAGAAAUUACUUUUGAUAUUUCCUUUUAAAAAAAUUGACCUCCACAACCUUACAUAUUUAUCUAGAAAGAAGGGUUUGGUGUUUCUGAAGUACCUGGCGAGGAACUUAUAUUUUAUCUUCAUCCCAGUUGUAAAUUAAAACCUGUCGCUAUCAUACCCCAAGAACAGCAAAGAAUUGAUGUGACUUUUAAGAGUUACCGGGAGAACAUUUUACGUAAGCAAAAACUUAAAUUAUUUCUGUUAUUUGGUAAUUGCAUCAUCAUUGCAUCCAUCAAGAAAGAGCCUUUGUACCAAGCAAAGAGAAAUAACUCAAUUUUGCAAAUAACUCCACUUUGACCAUAAGUUAUUGACAUAAACAAUUUAUUAAAUCUCAAUCUUUCAUUCAUUCAUAUAAAAAAAAGUGUUGAGAAUUGUAGAGAAAUGUAAAAUUUUAAUAAAAGAAGCCUACAUUAGGACCAGUCACAACUAAAAUUCUUGUACAUCAUUGGAGCGCAAUGGGUAUAACCAGACAGAUAUAUUAACUUCAUCUUCUGACCAAUCUGGGAUAUAAAAAUGUUAAACUCAUUCAAUAUCAACAUCAAUUUUAUUUCCAUUAUCUACUUCCAUAUCAAAUUCAUUACUGUCGACACAAAUGGCCGACGUAGUUGAAGUGUUAAAUGAUCUAAAAGGGCAAACACCAUUCAGCGUAGAUCUAUUUUUUCAAAAAAUAAAAAAUUAGCGUAAAAUCAAGUGCACAGCCACCAAACCUCAAUAAAACAGGAGCUUGACACUUUCUGUUUAUAAUAAGACUCUGUGUAACUCCUUAAUAAGAAAAGUUACCUUCACUAGGCCAUGUUGAAAAUGGUGUGUUGUUUAAAAUGGGAAUAGGCUCCAACUUGACUGAAGGGUAAGUUCCAGACAGCCAUAACACGACUGAAAGGGUUUAACCUUUUUAAUAAUGUCCACGUUCCUUUUUUUUUUUUUAUUAUUGGUCUAGCUGAAUUUUAAAACAAUUUAUCUUAUUUUGUUGGUUAAAAAUUGUGCUAUUUUCUAUUUUUAGCAACAUUACGAAAUAAGAAAAGACCAAGAGCAUCCAAAGAGUCUGAUAAGCGAAUAGAAGAAAAGGAAAAGGCAUCUGAGGAAAUUCCAGAUGACCCUGGUGGAUUUGGAAAAGUAGAUCGGAAUUCAACCUCAAACCCUAAAGAAAGCAAUUUUGUUUCAGAUUACCAAAAUAACAAAAUCAGCAAUGAUGUGCCACCUGCUUUUGCUAAUUUAAUUUCUACUGGAGCUAGUGAUGUAUCCAGUAUUGCCCAGAACAUUGGUCUCGAUUGUUUGGCUGAUACUCCAGUUGGUGUGACACCACCGUCUGUACUGCAUGAAGAUGAGAAUGCCAUGUUCCCAGAUCAUGCACCCUUCUCACCACCAAUAUCCUCUAUCUCUACUGCACAAAACAUAAACUCUUCUGUGAUCAUUUCCUCACCACCCCCUUCAAUGAGCUCGGCGUUAUCUCCCACUUCAGUUAACAGGAGGAAAAUAACUAAAGCUUCCAAGAAGCUUGCAUUAGUAGAUGAAGUCAAACCAGCAUCUAACAGUUGUGAUAACCCAGUAUCUCUCAGUGACAAUUCCUCUUCUCCUGCUAAAAAUGAAGGCACUUCAAUUUCUGUUCAAGAUCUAAAAGAAGAAUCUGACCGAGAAAUAGCAAGAUUGACCAAACUGGUAGGCGAAGGCUUUACUCAGAAGAACUCAAACAAUGUUACACUCCUCCAUCUGAGUAUCUUGCUAGGUAGAGAAAAUAUAAUCAAAUUGGACUAUGAAUGGAGAGAGAAGAAUCCAUCUAAGUUACCCCCUUUGCUCUGUAAGGCCUCUAACCAGAUGAGCAAUUUACUUAGACGUCUAUGCAAUAUUGCUGCUGUGGAAUUAUCUGAUUAUUCCAAACCCUUGGUGAGUGCUACUAAAGUUGCCUGAAUUUUUUUGUUUUUUGUUUUGCAUGUCAAGUAUUUUUUAUAUUUUAAUUACACGUGAGAAAUAAACCUUCUUGGUUAACAUUAAUUCUCAAUUUGUUCAACGGCUGCACUUUCAGAAUGAAUGUUUGCUGGCUGUACACUUUUAUUUUAUUUAUGAUAACACCUCUUCUAAACAUCUUCCGGGGAUUUUAUUUAUUUCAUUGAUGAUUAAAAAUCAUCAUUGCUUUUAAAAUACCCUGGGGAAAAAAUCUACACUUAGGAAAAAAACAACAUAUAUUAGGUUUUAAAGGGACAUUUUGUAUCAUAUUUACAAAAUAAUUUUAAUUAAUAGGCCAAUAAAUGGCAAAUCUGGGACUAAAAUUAAUUUAAAAAAAUAACUGCAUCAUUUUGCCACAGAAUUUGUGAACCACUGCUGGGGGAAAAAAAUGAGAAUGGGGAGGGGGCUCUUCUAUUUAACCGAUUUAUGUGCUGCUAAUUAAUUUUGCAUUUUAAAGUGUAACGAAAAUAAAGAUGUUCUGUUUGUUGUGUUCAGGAGAAAUUAGUGGACCAGAAUAAGCCACCAAGCAAAAGUGUUCCAUGUUCUCAUUGCGGUAGUGAUGUGGCAUUGAAAUCUGGUUCCAGGAGCUCUCGGAGACAAAUGAAGGUUGAUAGAAAGGAGCGGACACGUGAGACAGCUACAAUGACAGAUCCCCAAAACCUGGACCUUAACAUUACCCAGGCUCAGAUCUUUCAACCAUUGCCAGGAUUAACACCUGGCACCAGAACAUUUGUUGCAGGACCACCUCCUGGGGCUGUUCAGGUGGGAUAAAAUUCAACAUCAAGGUUUUAUUUGUGAAGCUUUGUGAAGUAUAAUACAUGUGCUGACUUUAACUAAACAAUAAAAUGACCACAUCAAAAUGUCAUUGAUUUUAAUAAGAAUGCCUUAUUUAUACCUCAGCUUAAGUGUGAUAAACAUUAUAGUUGGUGAUCUUGAACAAAAAUAUUGGUUAGGAUUCCUGAUCUGGCUUUUUAUUGGCAUGAUUUAAUUUUGAACAUCAUUAAUCAGACUUAAAUGCUUUAACUGUAUAUUGGAAUUUGGGGUGAAAUUAAUGAAGCACUAACAUAUAAAAAAAAAAAGGUUAUUCUUUUAAAAUAUGAAUAGAAAGUUAUUUAUACUAAAUUAUUAAUUCAAAACAAUCUCAACAGAUUAAUGGGUCUGAUCCAGUUUUUCGUGUACCAUUUGUUCCGACUUUUAAAAAUCUUUGUGCUAAAGAUGAUCAACAGAAAUAUGAAGAGCAGCAGAGAUUGCAGCAGCAAGCUAAAGAAAUUAUGGUGUGUAAUUCUCUUGCUUAACCCUUUUAGUUAAGUUGCCGCUUUCUUGCCCUUAAGCCUCAGCCACGUAAUGGCCAAAUCUCACUGUAACGCACACGCCAUUUUCAAUGUUGUCUAUUGAAGGUAUCUCUUCUAAUUAAGGAGUUACAAAGAGCCCAUUUAUAAACAGGAAGUGUUAUGCUUUUUUUAUGGGGGUUUGGUGGCUGUGAACUUGAUUUUACUUACACUAAUUUCAAUUGAUAAAAAAAAAAUUUUUUGACAGUAAGAUAAGAUAAGAUUCUUUUAUUGAUUCAAACAAAUGGAAAUGUUUUUUGAUUGCAUUAUACAUUUUCAGCACAUAAAUAAAACAAUUUGAACAAAAGACAUUUAUAAUAAAUUAUCUCAAUUGAUCUAUGCUUUGGCGUUUGCCUUUCUAGAAUCGUUUCAAACUGUCUACAGUAAUGAAUUUGAUGCAGAAAUAGAGGGAAAAAUAGGUAAUGGAAAUAAAAGUGAUGUUGAUAUUGAAUUCUCUUAUCUUAUCAAUAUCUCAAAUGGGUCAGAAGAUGAAGACGAAGUUGAUAGAUCUGACUGGGUUGACAAUUUGCGUUUCAUUGAAAUUUUAAGAAUUUUUCGGUUUAACUGGUCUUAAUGCAGACUCAUUUUAUUAAAAUUUUAUAUUUCUCUACAAUUAUGAGUAAUUUUUUUCUCUGACUGGACUGGAUAAAAGAUUGAUUUUUAUAAAUUUUUUAGGCCGCAACUUAUGGUCAUAAUGGAGUUAUUUCUCUUUGUUAUUUCUUAAUGGGCGCUACACUACUGAAAGGGUUAAAAGCAUUUUUAAAAAAAAUUCUUAUAAUUAAUUUAGUGCCUAUAAGUUCAAAGUUGAUUUGGUAAAAGUAAAUAAAUGUGAAUAUUAAUUUCAGCAACAAGCACCAAGUCCCCGUAGAUUGCUUAAGAAGCGAACCAUGAGUAGAAAAACAUCUUCUUCUAUUAUUGUUCAGAGAUCUUUGGUACCUAAAGUGGAUACGGGAGAGAUAGUGACCCUCAUACAGGUUUGAAGAUUUUAGGUUUUGUAUGCCUCAGAUUUAUUGUGAUAAGCCACUUUAGCAGACUCUAUUUUAAGUUGGAGGAUUUAUACUUUAAACCCAGCUGACAUUUUUCUAACACAUGAUGAAUCAGUCUUGUAAGUUAACAGCUGUUUAGACCUUUUAUGACUUGAGUGCUUGAAAUAGUGUCAUUUUUAUACUGUAAAACAGUGAAUUCAGUUAUUGAUAAUCAGCCUUUGUGUUUAAGUUUCAUAUACAAAUGGUGGAAUUUUACUUUUCAGGAAAUAUCUAAGAGCAUAGUAAGAUUCUUAUUAAAUUUGUUUCAUACAGCCAAGUCCUCGGGCAAUACAAAGGUCAUUAGUAGUGCGGGUAGGACCAGAAGAGCUUAUGAAAUCUGCACAGGCUGUAAACAUCAUUUGUUCAACUCCACUAUCCAAAUCAGAAGAUAAUGAUCAAAUGAAAGGUGCUAUUUUUUUACAUUUUAAAAUUCUAAUUGGAAUUACUCCCAGGACAUGAUAUAUAUUAUAUUUUGGGAUCUUCUUGGUAAUAUGCAUACCAGUAUUUUUAAAAUUAUGGUGCCAGUUAUAAAUAUCAAAAACAUUUUAAAUGUUUAAUUAUAUGGAAAAAGUUUACAUAUGUUCUCUUACUUUAGGGUGUACCAGUACCAGGUAUUUUGAAGAAUAAUUUGCAAUAAAAAAAAUAACAAUAUUUAUGCUUUUGUUGUCUUUAUAAGUUUCAGAAGGUAGAGCUAUACCUGAAGAGGCAAUUCUGACUGCUACAACUAAAGCCUCAGAGGUAAUGCUUUUAAUAUUUAUAAUACAUAAAGAUAAUUUUAUUUACAAGGCCUUAAUUUAAAGAAAAUUUGUAAAGGACCUUAAAUGAAAAAAUUAUAUUUUUCUUUACAAAUAAACAUUUUGUGAAUAAGUAAUUUUCACAUUUAUUUAAACAAUCUUGUACUGAUAACUUGGUAAUUGCAGUUACAAAAUUUUUUACUAUGAAAUUAUGCAGUUGUUUUUAUUUUCAACCAGAAUUAUACAAUCCGUAGAAAGGCCUCUGAAUUUGGGUUGCAUCGAUAAGCAAAGUGGCCAAUUAAUGUUUUUUUUUAGUCUUGCUAAAUUGGCUACUGCUAAUUAUUUAAUCUGCAUUAAUUUAUUUAAUUUGCUUUGAAAUGUUUUUGAAAAAUUAAUGCAGUUUUUUUUUUACUAUUUCAUAAUUUAAAAUAAAAACUGCAAUUUGAGUUACUGGGAGCAUUGGUAAACCUUUAUUAUUAGCCUACAAUAACCAGGUGAAGAAACAGCAGCAAGUGCUCCACUGAUUUUCAAACUCUUGAACCUUGUGCAUUGACUAGGUUAGGACCAGCUAGGAAAUAAACCCCCCAAAAAACAUCACAAAAGGUUUUUUUUCAUAUCAAGCUAUUAAAGUUGUGACACCUCAGGAAAAAAGUGUAAUGUUAAAUGGUAUCCACCGUGUCAUUGUGUAAACAAUCAAGUCAUCACAGAAAUAAAUAAAAAUGAAAAUAGUGAAGGAUGCAUGAUAGUGCAUUCCUUAUUUUGGUAUAAAUUUAAUGAAGUCUCAUAAAAAAUCUAAUUAAAACCAUUUAGCAUAAUCUAGAGUUCAUUUAAUGCCGGCAUAUAGAAGAUUUUUUUCUGUACCCCGAUUAGCUGUUUAAUCUAUUUUAAAAUAAAGGCAAAAUGGGAGAUUACAUACUAACUGCAGAGAAAUCGGUGCAACCCUACUGUGAUUUAAGUAUUCCUUGCUCUCUCUAAGGAAACUUAAAAAUGGGUCUAUCUUUGCUAUUAUUUUGCUGACUAAUUUGUUUUGUUCAGCUGUGUAGUUUGUGGGAUGAUAAAAGUGAAGCUUGGUCUCUUGAACACUCUGUCUUUGCAGUAAGUUAACAUGACUGUGCUAAAUUUCUCUUGGUCAGUCAUCACAUUCUUUGAUAUUUAAAUUCAAGCUGUUUAUAAUUUAAAAUUAUUUUAAAAGUAGUCAUCAGUAUUUGAUAUUUUUAAGAUAUAAUUUUUUUUUUCUAUUCAUUAAUAAUAAAACAGAAUAUAAAAUAUUUAUUUCAGCAACAUGGGGAAGUUGUGACAACAAGAAACCUGGCAAACUCAACAGUAUUGAUUCCUUUAGAUGUCAAAAACAACAUUCAGUUAGAUGACAAAUCCUUUCUGUCGUCAAUCUCUGUGUCGACCACCCCAACAACUGUAUUCCUCAAUAAAACUUCAUCUCCCAAGUUGUUGACUCCUGCUACAAUAGCUCAGGGAGACCUCAGUAUCUCAGACUUUAACAUAUCAAUGACUUCUGUUAGUGGAGGUAGCAGUAAGUAUUAUAUUUGUCAACCUCAUGUAAAUAUUUAGAAACUGGCAAUACUCUAUAUCCAUGGGUGCUCUUUAAAGAUGGUAGAGAUUGCAGUCAAGUUUGUUAAUUCGAUAAGAUCAGAUACCAUUCUUUUACUGAUCCAUCCUUCUUAUCUUUUCUUCUCUUCUUUUUUUAGUGGGUCCAGAUGCUGGAGACAGAUUUUUAGAUCUGUUGUUGCAAAAUUCAGAGCAAGGAUUUUCUGGUAAUUAUUUUAGCUUUCUACUUUCUCUUGCUGAAUUAUUUUUAUUAUAAAUAAGAUAUGCUUCAGAAAUGUAUUUUGGAAAUUAAAAGGAUUGAUCUGAUUAUAAAAUCAGUGAGAUAAUUUUUUAAUAUUUUGCCUAUUAUCUUUAUUUUAAAAGGUUUGUUGCAAACCCCCAAAAAGUCCUCACAAUAUUCAGAAGGGGAGCACUCAGAGAUUACUGAUGCUGAGAUGUGCUUUGGCACUCCCAUUCUGCGCACUCCAUCCCUUAGUGGAGUUCCAACAUCCACCUCAUUUCUUAAUACACCCAAUGAGUUUCCUUCACCUUUAAAAGAGCCUAAUGAACAACAGUGGCUGACAUCAGACGUAUGUUUAACAAUGUCACAUUUAUCACAUUCUUUCAUCAUCUUCUACAACAUAAUUUUUAUUAUUUAGUUUCAUGAGAGAGUUGUGAUUGUAACAACUUAAAAGAAAGUUAAGUGAACCAGAUUGAAAAUUGUAAAUCUAAUGUUGAGAUGAGUUGUCAUCUUUAAAGAUGGAAUCUUUUUUAUGAACAUUAGGAAUUUCUGCAUACACUAAAAUAUAUUUUUAUCCUUUUUCAGGAUGUUUCAUUAAGCUCUAUCCUAGGAGACUCAUCAUCAUUCAAAACACAGAACCAUACAAAUUUUACCAAUAUUAGCUUAGGAAAUGAGAAAUAUGCAGCCACUUCAACUCCUUCUGCAGCAUAUACCUCAUUCUUUGAUGCUGAAUCCUCAAACACAUCAGAGCCAGGACUUGAUUCUUAUAGUAAACCAUUAGAAUCAGUGGUGAGUUUUUAGGAUUUUAUAUCAUUGUUAGCUCUUAGGACAGAAGAAAAAUGUUUUAAGUAAGGAUGGAAGGAUAUUAUUUGAUUUCACUUAUAAAGGGUUAAUUGUAUUAGGCGUUGGCUAUAAAUUUAAUAAAUGAAAUGAUAUUUUGUGUAUAUUUUUGGGAAGGGAAUUUUUCUAAAAAGUUUAAAAACAAUUGAUCAUGCCCUUUUACUUUAAGAUUCUCAAAAAUCAAUUACAGGUAAUUUAUACUCAUGAAGAUAUAAAAUAUUUGUCUUACCUCUAUAAAUAGGAGCUAAAGUAUCCAUGUAAUGCUAAAAUAAAAAAACCAUAUCAAUUCAAAUGAGCUCAAAUUUAUUAAACCAAUGAUAAGGAUUUUCUAGUAUUUUAGAGAAAUCUAAUCAAUUGAAAUAAGAUUAAAAAAUAUAUCUGCUUAUAUUUAAUUUUAUAUAAUUUUUUAUUUGUAAUAAUUAUUAUUAUAUAUUAAAAAUACAUAUAAUAUAACAAUUAAAGAAUUAUUUUGAGUAUUUUAUCUGAAUGUGAAAAUUAAGGUAUGAUUAUUGAUGUAUAACUAUUAUAAAUUCGUAAUAAUGGGGAGAGACUGCAUUCAUGUUUGAAAAAUGGUAAUGAGCGAAACAGAAUUAUGGAACCUUGAUGCCACAUGGCAUAAAUGUUAUGUUCUCAUUCACCGGUUAAGUCUUUUUUCUCCCCCUCCUCAUUACAACCAAUUUCAGUUAACAUACUUUUCUUUGCCUCUCUCCCUCUUUGCCUGUAUUUAAUCUCUCACCUACUUAUGUUCUGUCACAUUCCCUUUUGUUACGCACUGACUUGUAUUGGGAAAAAUUAAUCUCCUAUUUUAAUUUUAAUUGGCUCGUUGUAAACAGUGCCUAACAAAGGACGAUACCAUAUAAUCAACAAUAUUAAAGAUACGACCCAAAACAGUUUCUAGUUACAAUUAAUUAAGAUUUAUUAUGUCUUAAGAUAAUUACAAAAUAAAAUAAAAUAAAAUUACAAUCUUCAACUUACAGUAUGGCAGAUGUCGUACCGGUACACAGUUAAUACAAUUAGAAAUUGUCUUAAGAUAAUUACAAAAUAAAAUAAAAUAAAAUUACAAUCUUCAACUUACAGUAUGGCAGAUGUCGUACCGGUACACAGUUAAUACAAUUAGAAAUAAUGAUGCCAAUAAAUAAUGCGAAAUAAACAUAUAUAAGUAGGAGCACACAAAUACACAAAGAAUAAAACACGCCUCGUAAUGUUAAGAAAAUCUAUCGGAAAUCUCCCUCUUCGUGCCUGUCAAUCCCUUAUAUAUAUGUAGAGUAAGAUGCUUCGAGAAGGGCUUAUGACGUGUUGUUUACAUAUCUCGGGUUAAGGAGUAUAUUCCAGAAAUUACCCGAAAACAAUCUACCCAAUGCGUAAUUGGAAGCCGAUUGUAAACAAGCCACUUCAAAGACCUAAGCCACACCCCUUUGUGAACACAGCGUCUCAUGCGGGGUCAAUCAGAGGGCACGCACGAGAAAUAUUAUGUAAACAAGCUCCCUAUAACACUUUGCUUUGCUCUCAGAUACUACACCACAGCAAAGUGUUAUUUUUAUUUAAUUUUGUUGUUACUGUUUGUUCUGUGAUGAAGGCUUCUUGCCGACACGUUUGUUGUUUUGUUUCGUUCUUUAAUCAGGUUUUCCCAUACUUUGUUUCGCUCAUUUCAAUAUUAUAAAUUCGUAGCACGCUUGGUGGGAAAACCCGAAAAUCUGUUUUUUUUGUUUUUAUUACGUUAUUAAUAUUGCAAAAAUUUGUUAAUUUUCCAGACGACUUCAAAAAAUGAACUCAAUGAAACUAAAAUUAGAAUAUCUUAUUAGAAUUUAAUUUAAACUCACAGAUCACAAACUUUAACUUUUCUUGAUUUUAACCUAAUGUGAGAAAACUGAUAAUGUUUUUCCCACUUUUUAAAAAUAAAUAUCAUUGAUUGAUUUUUAUAAAAUGUUAACACACAACGCCAAAUUUUAGCUUUGUAUAUUUAACAUUAAAAUAAAAUUGUUAACUAUGUAUUUAAACAUUUUCUGUUUUUACAUUUCAAGGGCCAGGAAAGUGUGGAGGGGGUACAUUUUAGAUAGUUUUAUUUACUUGGGUGAUGUCGUUUCCAUCAGAUAUUUCAAAACUUCAAAACUCCAAAACAUUACAGAUGUGAAUAUUGGUAUAUAGAUAAUUUAAAAUAAAAUUGUGAACUAUGUAUGUUAAUAGUUUCUGUUUUUUUCAUUUCAAAGGCGAGGGGGAUGGGGGGGGGGGUACAUUUUGAUAUCUUUAUUGAUAUAAAGAUUUGAAAUUUGGUAAGAUUUAAGUUUAAAAUAAAUAACCUUAUUCUCUAAUUAAAAAUGUCACAGAUGAGAUAGUGGUGUGAGGCAUGGCCCGUACUUAUAGUCGCGUACCAAGUAGUAUUGGUGUUAGUUAAUAUGGGGCUGCUCCUCUCUGUGAUAAUUCAGUAAUCCAGACGUUGAGGAAUACAACGAAGACAACACAAACCCCAAUGAAUGUGUAAGAAAUUCCUCAGUAACAGUUAUAAACAAAAGAAUGUAUAGGUAGAUCUAAUAUAGUCUAGUAAUGUUUCUUUUCCAACUGUUAAUAUCCAUUAAUUUCCAACACUUCCAACCCCCAAAACAUUACCUCACUUCCACCGGAAAUUGCACCCCAGCUCGUUCAUCACUUAAUAAACGUGGUGCCACAUAUGGGGAAGUUCCGAACAAAACGCAUUAUAAAUUACAUGAAGAAGAAAUGGAGCGCUGCUGUUAAACCCCACCCCAGUCAUUUGUGUCAUAUGUGAACAUUGAUUUUGAGAUUCUUCUUUAGGUAUAGGAAUUUCUGCGUUUUACUUUUAGUUCAGGAGCGAGGCAAAAGGUUGUGUAAAUAUUUAUUGAAGAUACCAAUAUAUCCUAUCUGGUAAUUUAAUAAGUUACAAUGAUAAUUUUGAAUAACUUACAUUUCAGACUGAUGACAUCUCAUUGAGUUCACUCUUAGGAAAUCCCAGUUUCAAAAAGGAAGAUUUACAACGUACUUCCCCACUUCUGCCUUUGUCAAAAUUAAAACCUGUUAACUUAUUUUCAACCUCACUUGAUUUAGAGGGCCAUUCUCAGCUUUUUGGUGAAGGUUCUGAAGACUCAAUUGCUAAACUUGAUGUAAGUUGAAAAUUUUUCCAUUUAACAUAAGUUUGAAAUAUAUUCUAUAUUCCAUAUUAUUAGCCAUUAUAUUAGCCAUAAGGCCUUAAUAUUUUUUGCUUACAAAAUGUAGACCUGAGCAGGCUAUAAUUUUUUAUUAACUUUUAAAAUGGGAAACCUUUAUGGACCUGCUAUUUGCCCCAUUCUAGAUUUAUUUUUUUCCAUUUACAUAACCUAUCAAAAGCAUCGAUUUUUACCAUGUGAAAAAAAAUUGUACUGUGUUGUCACAUCAAAGGUGUAACGAUUAUUUUAAAGUGUGUUCUUUUAUAUAUUAUAUUUUAUAUUUAUACACAGAAUAUUAAAAUAUGUGAGGAAGAAAGAAGCCAUAAUUUUCACUGCUAGAUCUAUUAACUCUUGCAUUGUUUGCUACUUGUAAAAAUGAGAUAUCUCCCUAUAUUUUGUUAUAAAGGCUUAUAUAGAUACUAAUUAUAGUGAUUUAUCUUCCAUUAACUAAGUUCAUAGCAGAUGAUGAACAUGCUUGGAAAUAUUUUUUAGAAAUUAAUUUUGAAAAGAAAUAUAAAUCUGAUGAUUCAGUUUAUUCUUUCUGUUAGCCAGAGUAAGUUUUUAUGUUACAAUAUCAGACUUUUUAAAGUGAGCAAAGGUAAGCAUAAGAAUAUAAAGCACACAUAAGCUUACUAACUUAGAAAUUAGUAAAUGUGUGAGGAAAGCCAGCUCUGUGGAUUCAUUGGGGGAAUGCUUUGAAAUAUAUCGCAUCAAUGCUUUUGGUUAUUUAUGACUACGUUAAUUAAUGUCAUAGAGUUUAUAAAUUUGUAAUUAUUAGUCACCUACCUUAAAUUUGUAAUUAUUUUUAUUUCUUUGCUCCAUUUCUCAGGAUUAUGCUUAACGGUGCAUUUUGUAUCACAAGUAUAAUUCUUAGUUUAUUGAACAAAAUUCAGGUUGAAGGACUUGUGAAUGAAAGCAGCUUUGAUUUUGUGAGCAAGUUUGAGUCCUUAGCAGCCCAGAUUUCUGAACGGCAGGAAUCUCUUAGUGUUACAGAGAAGCAAGAAAAGUUACUUGCUGGAAUGGAUCUUAUUAGGAUGGAAAGUCCGAGCACCGAGAGCUAGAAUCUCAAUUAUGCAUAAUAAAAACAUGAAAAAAAUGUUUUCAUGUUUAAAAAUAAAAUGUGCACACCUGAAAGAUAGUGCAUUUCUUUUAGUUAUGUAUACUUUUUAUUGUAAAUUGCUACGUUUUUAAAGGAUUUAAUUUUGAAGCAUAAAUAAUUUAAAUUCAGUAUUAUUUGGAUUGUCAUUGUAACUUUAAUUUCCCAUGUGUUGGAUGAAAAAAAAAUAGUGUAACUUACAGUUUGAUAAGCGACUAAAAUUCAUGACAAUGAAAUUUUUAGCCUUCUCACCCUGGUUGUUACUUAGUCAUUAACUGGUCAUUGCUCCACUGCUUAAUGCUAUUUAAAUUUUAUUAAGUUUUAUGAAAUAGUUAGUCAAGGUCUUGUAUUUGAUUCCCAUGAAUUCAUGAAAGAAUGUACUAUACUGAGCGAUAAAAUGUAAUUUUUUAAAAUUAAAAAUGGGGCAGAGGAAAGUAAUUUGGUAUGCACUUAGGGUAAAAUAAGGCUCUCUUGCUACCAAGGGGCUAAAGAAAAAGACAAUUUUGAUGAGCUGAUCACCUCACUCAACACAUCAUUAUUAAACACUAUAUCAUAUCACUAAAAAAGUGCCAUCGCUUAGUGACUUUCUUAAAAUUUUGGCUGCAUAGAUUUUCUUUAUCACAAUCUUCUGAAUGAUGGUGGGAUGGGUGUCUAUGCAAAUUUAAAUCUAAAGAUAUAUACGCAUAUAUUGAGGGUCUGUUUGGUUAUCUUUUCUCACAUUUACCAAAUAUUUCUGAUAUAGCACUACAUACACCCUGGUCAAAAUUCUUAAAGAGUUAAUAGUUAUAAAGAUUUCAUUGAACCUGAAGCACAGAGUAUAAUAUAAAAUAUCAUUAAGCAAGUUUCAACUAAAAUAUUUGCCUGUAUUGUAACUUUCAUGAGGUCUCAGUUCUUAAAUUAUAUGUUGAUUGAAGAAAUUGAUCUUUGUUCAUUUUAAGGCAGCUAUUUGCUACUUUAUGACUAAAUAACCUUUUAAUGGUAUUUGUUUAUGUGCUAAAAAUAUUGCUUUGUCACCUCUUAGCCUCUCUUAACACUCUUAAUCUUAGGCCUCCAGUCCUCUUGUCGCACAGGCCCAAAGUAAUCCACUGUCUUUUUAACUCUCAGUUUAAAGAACUCUACUUCAACCAUUACUUUUUUUUGAGUUUUAAUAAAUAUUUCAAAGUCCAAUUUUAUAAAAUAUAUUAAUGAAAAUUUUAAGUUUGGCUUAAAAAAGCAGUUUAAAAAAUAUUAUUUGAGAUGAACGAAAAGAAAAUUAUUACAAGUCACAGGUCUUAAUCAGGGUUGUUCAGAAACAUCAGUCAUGCCAGGUAUUGAUUUACUGCAAUAUGGCUUACAACGAUCAAAAAAAUUUUAACUAAACUAUGACAACUUGCACAUUUAUAAAUUAUAGCAUAGUGUGAUUUUGAAUUCAUAGUGUAUAUCCCUAUUGAUAAUCAUAUGAAAAAAGUAAAUAAUUUACACACUGGUGUGGGAUCAUUUGAUUUGUUUCAUAUCAUACACACCCUCCCACCUCUUUUUAUUUUUAAGAGCUUCCAGUAUUUUUUGGCACAGGAAACUACAUUAUUUAAAGAAAUGCAACUUUUUGAUGGACUAAUUUGAAUCAACUUGACACGGUUCCAGUGAACUUAAAGCCAUCAAUUUUUCAUAAACUUGUUUAUUUAGAACUUUCCCUUGACUAUGCAUCUAAAUAUGCCUACUUAACUGGAUUUUAAGUUGAAAUGAUUCCUUUAACAUUUUCAAGUUCUUACAAAGAUAAAGUUGAUGAAAAUACUAUACUAUAAACAAUAGUCCCUGUUAGUUGAUAUUCUCUUGGAAUUAUCCUUUACAAUACACCGCACCAUCUCUUAAUUUUGCCUUCGGCCCUCAAGGCUAAAAAGGUUUGUAUGAAAAUAUGAAUUGUACUGAAUAAUAUCUAGAAAGGCAUAUCAUCAAUGUGUUUUUCUGGAUCAAGUUGAAAGUACCUUGAAACUAGUUAUCAAUAAAUGGAAUUUUGCAGCGCAUUUGUACUGGUAUAACUGUAACAAAGUGUUAAAAUUUUUUUUACCUCGGGCAUGAGGUGGGAAAACAAUUUUGUUUAAGUGCAAUUUAUACUUAUUUCAUUGUUUCCUGUACUAUUAUAGUACAUCAAUGAAAGUUAAUAAAUUUUAUACAACUUUUC